UCACAACAUGAUGACACGAUGCGGUAAUACCUAAAAGAUUGAGAGUGGUGCUCGUUUCAUUGUUCUCUACGGUACAAAAGAGAAGUGGAGCAAAAUGAGAAACCGGAUUCCUUUGCUGUGGAUUAUAUCAACUUUCUAUUAUGACAUCUCACAUUAACAGACGUGGAUUAGGGAGUGGGAAGUAUGUCUGAAUUCCUACAUCACCAAAACAUGAAAGUCGUCUACAAAAGUUCAGAUAAUGAAGACAGACAGCCAGAGUCUGAGAUGAUGGAGGGUGUGGAGAGAAGGGGAUCAGGCCUGGUACCUGCUUCACUGCUGGAGAAGAUCGAUGAAUUCUUCCAGGUCUGUGACAGCGAGGACAAGGGUUACAUCACACCCACUGAUAUGAGGAGGUUGAACAAAGAACUACCACUCAGUGCAGACGAACUGGAGAAUGUCUUUGACUCAUUAGACUUGGACAGAAACGGCCGCCUUACUCUAGAAGAGUUCUCCUCUGGAUUCAGUAAAUUUCUGCAGGGACGUAGAAUGAGUCAGGUGGAGGAUCAGCUCUCAGGUCUCUCACAGGACUUUCCGGAAGCUCUAUAUCAGAAUGAGCCACAGGAUUAUGAGGAAGAAAGACACUUCAGCACGCUGAUGGAAAGCUUAGGCGCCAGCAAUAUCUUUGAAGAUCCCAGUGAAGUGCACACUCUGUGGACUCAGCUAAGAAAAGACGAGCCUCAUCUCCUGUACAACUUUGAAGAUUUCCUGGCUCGAGUCACAUCCCAGAUCAGAGUGGCCCAACAAGAGAAGAGGGAGAUGGAAAGUGCCUUGAGAAAGAAAGCCGCAACACACAAUGGUGAAAUCCAGCAGUUGUACGAGGAAAUGGAGCAACAGAUAAAAAAUGAGAAAGAUCGACUGAGCCACAAGGACUUCAGAAGUCAGGAUCUGCAACAGCAGUUGAGCAGCAAAGAGCAAGAACUUGAGUGGCUCUUCCUCAAACAGAGAAGGUUGGAGCAACAGUGUCAAGAGCUGCACAGUGAACACCAAGAGAGUCAGGUGGAGAACAUAAAACUGAAAAUGACCAAUCAGGAACUCUCACGUGAGCUGGAACACACCUGCCAUGAGCUGUCAUUGGCUCAAAAGCAACUGGCCAAACUGCAGGAGCAAGGCUUGAGACUGCAGCAAGAAAAAAACAUGGAGGUGUACAGAAUCACAGAGAGACUGCAGAGAGAGAAACAAAACCUAGUUAAUCAGUUAGACCUGCUCAGAGAAAUGAAUAAACAUCUAAGAGAUGAAAAAGACUCUUUGAAAUGCAGCAACUUGUUAAAGAAAGCCACUCUUGAACAGGAUCCAGCCUCAAACUUAACUGUUCAUUCUGACAGAAAGCAGGCUACAGAAAGGGAGGUUGGUACAGAAGUGACUCAGCACCCUAACAGGAAGACCUCAUCUUGUAGCUCUAGCCCACACUCUGCCUCCAGAGAUGAUGGGAUGAUGAGAGCGGCCAAGCAUACUGCGAGUGCAGGUAGGGACUCAGUGAGUGAGAACCCAGACCCCAAUGCAGUGGAUCCUCCACCAUUCCACAGGGUUAUCUCCAUUGAGGAGGACCACCUCCCACACCUGCUAGAAGGAGAAUGCUAUCCUGUCUUCCACCAGAUGAAUGAGGAAGAAGGGGCUCUGAUUGAUCUGCAGAUGAGCCCCAUGUAUUUCUCAAGCAUGUCUGCAAACAUGGCCUUUGUGACCAGGGGCCAGCUGGUGGGCAAGGAGACUUUGCAGAAGGGUCCAGUGGAGAGUUCUAUUACCACCCCACAGCGCCUCUAUAAAGUAAUUCUUGUGGGCAACUCAAAUGUGGGUAAAACUGCUUUACUGCACCGUUUCUGUGAUGGUCAUUUCCACACAGACACUACAGCUACUGUGGGCAUUGACUUCAGUGUUCGGACUCUGAAUCUGGGGGACAGUCAUGUAGCUCUGCAGUUGUGGGACACUGCAGGACAAGAGAGAUUUCGGAGCAUCACCAAGCAGUUUUUCCGCAAGGCUGAUGGUGUGGUGGUGACCUAUGACAUCACUCUGUGUGACAGCUUUAAGUCUGUGCGCUCCUGGCUGGUGAGCAUACAGGAAACAGUCGGGGGCCCAGUUCCCAUCAUGCUUCUGGGCAACAAAUCAGACAGGGAGAGUAUGAGACAGGUGGCGACUGGGGAAGGUGAAAGGCUUGCUAAGGAAGCAGGUUUGUUGUUCUACGAGUGCAGUGCAUAUACAGGCUCCAAUGUGCUAGAGGCCAUGGUACACCUAGCCAGAGUAUUAAAGGAGCAGGAGGACAGAGUUUGGGAGCGCACAGUACAGCUGGUGGAUCCGCCAGUGAAGAAGAAAACCUGCUGCAUGUGACCACACACACACACACACACACACACACACACACACACACACACACACACACACACACACACACACACACACACACACACACACGGAGAGAGGUAUAUUAAAUGCAUAGCAUAUGAGAAUGAGUGUUGGAGGUGAACAGCUAAGCUGUAAUUAGGAAACGUUAUCUGAAACGACUCCAUCUCUUCUGCUCUGCACUUUCAUUAUGUUGUUGUUGCUGGUUUUGAUCUUUCUUUCUUUCUUUAUUUAUCUUUAUUUCUUGCUUUAUAAAGCACUUUCAACACAACUCAUGGUUGAUUCAAAGUGCUGUAGAAUACAAUUUAAAUCUAAGAAAAUAGAAAAACAAUACAAAGGAAGACAAAACAACAGACCGACAAAAUAUAAUUAAAUUAAUAAACUGACAGAAAUGUUAUUCACUCAGGUCUAUGGACUCAUGUGACAGUAAACGGUAGAAUAAUCUAGUGAGAUGUAGUACAGUUGAUUCUGCAUUCUGUAGUGCAGGUUCUACACCUACCCUCAUUACAAGCAUGAAUGCCAUGUAUCAGCCUUGGUUAAUAAGCAUAAAAAAGCAUGAGUAGGCAUGAAAGUAACAGACUAACACUCCUACUAAGAUUCUCUGUCUAUUUUUGGAAGUAAAAUAUUUGAGGUGUAAAUUCUUAACUAUGUACUAAAUUAUUAGUUAUGUACAUAUAUAUUUUAAUAUAUUUUAUAUACAAUUUGUUAUACACUAUGUAUAGAAUU